AUGAAGCACAAGAGCCAACAGAAGAGGAAGAAGAAGCGAUCCUGCGCCGCGAAACCCUCCGGUGAUGGAACGGCGUCGGACGGGAACAAAAAAGACUUGGACGAAGAGAGGAAAGACGGUGAAGGAAACAAGGGAUUAGAGAAAAUCGAAAAAAAUGUAAUAGAGGCGUUGAUGGAGGCCUUUUGCUCGGUUUCAAUGGAGGAAGCGACGGUUGCUUAUAAAGAGGCAGGCGGAGAUUUGAACAAAGCCGCCCUGAUUUUGUCGGAUCUGGUUGAAAGCAGCGAUGAUCCGUCGACGAGUUCGGUCAUGAGUGGGUCUUCGGGUCAGGAAACCGGGUCUACGUCUGAGUACGGGGCUGGUUCAAGCUCUAGCUGCAGCGAAGACCUGACGAGAGAUAGAUGGUUGAAGGGAAGCAAGCAGAAUAGAGUCAUUGCUGCGACAGGGAUGGUGUCUUCUGUGAUUGGGAAGGAUUACAUGAAGCCAAACCCUGUGCGAAAAGAGUAUGCUUUGAUGGAAAGGUCUAAAGAGCUUUGUAUGAACGGCAAAAAAGCUGCGGAUAGAGAGAAAGCUGAACAGUUUCUAAGUUCAAUGCUUGGAGAUGAUUGCGAUCUUAGCAUGGCUGUUGUUAGAGAUGUCCUGUGUCAAUGUGGCUACGAUGUUGACAUGGCCUUGAAUGUCUUGCUUGACAUGUCUUCUUCAUCAACCGAUGAUUCAAUAAGUGUUAGAUGUUCGGGCAUAGGAUUCAGCGAUAGUCUGGCAGAGUCAUCAUUUGAUACUGAUACUUCUGAAAGUGAACUAUUCUGGGGUGUAGGCUAUAGUCAAAGGGAUUACGCAAAAGCUCUCAUGAGUUCCGAAGAUCCUUUUGCAACUAGCCAAGGAAGUGAUGAAAAUGGUCUUCCACAAAAAGUGUUGGAGUCUCUGUUCAACAUUCCCCAGACCCAGAGUACUAAACAUGAACCUAAGGCAAUGAGUUGGAGGAAUGUGGCAAAGAAAAUGCAGUCACUUGGCAUUGAUGCUUCUUCAUCUAGUGGGGAAGAGUCUCGGCCUGAUACUUUUGUGAAGGAUGACGGAUAUCAUGCACUUAGAAAAGGUGCAAAUGAUCAGUGGAAUGUUACGAAGUCAUACUAUCAAAAAGCUGCAGAAGCAUAUUCGAAAGGAGGGAGGGCUCAUGCCGCGUACCUUUCUGACAAGGGGAGAACAGCAUCUAAAUUAGCUCAACGAGCAGAUGAGAGGGCAAGCCAAGAUAUAUUUGUCGCGAGAAACAAAGGCAUCGAGAAUGUGAUAACCAUUGAUCUGCAUGGUCAGCAUGUUAAACAAGCUAUGAAGCUACUGAAGCUGCAUCUCUUAUUCGGAUCAUAUGUCCCUUCCAUUCAGACACUACGAGUGAUCACAGGAUGUGGGUCUCAUGGGUUUGGGAAGUGUAAGGUGAAACAAUCGGUGGUAAAGCUGCUAGAAAGAGAAGGAGUUAGGUACUGUGAAGAGAACAGAGGGACAUUGCUGAUCAAGGUUGAGGCAUGUAAUAGAGAGUUCAGUUUCUUAGACACAGAGAGUGACACCGAGUAA